CCCGAGAGACCCAGCACCGAUGGUGAGGAGACGGCAGACAGUGUGCGUUUGGUCAGCAUCCGCACCCUCUACCUGGUCAGCACCACGGUGGACAGGAUGAGUGACGUCCUCUGGCCCUACCUGUUCGAGUUCCUCACCCCGGUGCGCUUCACUGCAGCCCUGACCCCACUCUGCAGGAGCCUGGUGCAUCUAGCUCUGAAGAGGCAGGAGGCAGGGGCAGACACCUUCCUGGUUCAGUAUGACGCCUACGCCCACGCAAACCUCCCGUCUCCCUACGCUGUGACCACGAGACUGCUGGUUGUGUCUUCCAACCCUUACCUGGGGGAUGGACGGGGGGCAGCCUCACUGCGUCUCCUGAAGGUUCUGCACGGGAGCAUCCACCCUUUGCUGGGUCAGCGGUGGGAGAUUACUGUGCCCCUGCUGCUGGAGUACCUGGAUGUGAGGCCAGGGGAACACACUAAGGAAACACUGUCACAGAAGGAAUAGGAAAAGCUGCUGGUGUUCCUGCGGGACACUCUAGCUGUCAUUUUCUGACAACAUGUGAUUUGCCAGCUGAGCCUGGAGAUGUGCAAGCAGCUGCCCUCUUACAGUGGAACACCCCAGGAGAAGAACUUCCUGUAUAAAUGCAUAGGAACCACUCUGGGUGCUACUUCAAGCAAGGAGGUUGUGAGAAAACACCUGCGAGAGCUGCUGGAGACAGCCAGAUACCAGGAGGAGGCAGAGCGGGAGUGAGCACACCUGUGUGUCUCCCCAGGCCUCGCCUGUUGUCUUGUCUGUGCCAUCACCCACCUUGAGGAUACCCUGGCACAAUUGGAGGACUUCGUGAGGUCCAAUGUGCUUAGGAAGUCCAUUGGAAUCUUCAGCAUUUUUAAGGAUCGAAGUGAGCAUGAGGUGGAAAAAGUGAAGAGUGCACUGAUCUUAUGUUAUGGGCAUGUGGCGGUGCGGGCUCCCCGCGAGCUGGUGCUGGCCAAGGUGGAGUCGGACAUCCUCCGCAACAUGUCUCAGUGCUUUAGCACCAAGGUUCUGGGAAUAAAGGUAGAGACCAAGGACCCAGCUCUGAAGCUGUGCCUUGUCCAGAGCCUGUGUAUGGUCAGCCAGGCUGUCUGCAGCAGCGCACAGGCCAGCGCCUUCUACUUCUCCAGGAAAGCAGAGCUGGUGGCACAGAUGAUGGAGUUCAUCAGGGCGGAACCCCCGGACUCUCUGAGAACACUCAUUCGGAAGAAAGCCAUGUUGGCCUGCACUUAUCUGGUCAAUUUGGAGCCGGCACUGGAAGAACAGGCACAGGCCGAUGUGAUCCAUGGUUGCCUACACAGUGUCAUGGCCCUGCCUCCUGAGUCCAACGGGGAGGACAGUAUGUGCCAGGAGCCCCUGUAUCUGGACACCAUGCAUGCCCUUGAGGAUUUGCUGACGAGCCUGUUGCAGCGGAACAUGACACCUCAGGGCCUGCAGCUCAUGAUCGAGCACCUGAGCCCAUGGAUCAAGUCUCCGAGGGGCCACGAACGGACACGGGCAGUUGACCUGAGUGCCUGCCUGCUGCAGUACUUCUUGGAGCACCUGCACGUCAGUGCCCUGGUGCCCUUCCACAACUUGGGCCUCCUCGUUGGACUCUUCUCCCCACGAUGUGCAGACACAUGGCCUGCUACCCGCCAGGAGGCUGUGGGCUGUGUCUAUUCCCUGCUGUACUUGCAGCUGGGCUAUGAAGGCUUCUCCCGAGACUAUCGUGAUGACAUGGCUGAACGGCUCCUCACCCUCAAAGAUGGCCUUGUGCACCCUGACCCCACCAUCCUCUUCCACACCUGCCACAGCAUAGCCCAGAUUAUUGCGAAACGCCUCCCGCCAGACCAGCUCAUCAGCCUCUUGCUCACCAUGUUUGAGGGCCUGGUAGACCCUGACAAGAACUGCUCCAGAGCAGCCACGGUCAUGAUCAACUGCCUGCUAAAGGAGCGAGGCAAAGUGCUAUUGGAGAAGGUACCCGAGAUUGUGAGCGUGCUGCGCUCCAAGCUACAGGAGACCCAGGAGGAGCAUGUCCUGCCAGCUGCCCAGCACAGUGUGUACCUCCUGGCCUCCCAGCACUGUGCAGCUGUGGUUUCCAGCCUUCUGGGAAGUCCCCUGCCAUUUGACAGCCACACUUGUGCCCUGUGGCGGGCGCUAGCCGUGGAGCCCAGCCUCACCACCCAGGUCCUGGGGCUACUCCUGGAGAAGAUGAGCAGGGACGUCCCGUUCAAGGAGAGCAGGACUUUCCUGCUGGGCAGCACCCCUGACCGAGUGGCUACGCUGCUGCCCCUUGCGGCCACCUGUGCACUGUAUGAGGUUGUGUCUGCCCCAGCAUCGGGGACUGCAGUUCUCGAGCUCUACCCCCAGCUUUUUGUGGCACUCUUGCUGAGAGUUAGCUGCACUGUGGGUGUCCAGCUGCCCCGAAACCUGCAGGCCAAGGAGAAGAGGAGCACCGGCACAGCCCCAGUUGCCAGGAACCUUGAUCCCUGCAGCACUGCAGUGGACACCCUGCAGGCCUUGCUGCUCCAAGGUGGCAGUCAGGAUGUGGUGCAGCGCGUGGAGCUGGGAGGAGGCUGGGAGUUGCUCAGGACCUCAGCAGGGCAUGAAAACGGGGUCACCCAGCUGGCCAGUGCCAUGGCCAAGUGCGCAGGCCCUCGACUCCCCCUGCUGAUGAAGGCGCUCGUGUGCACUCAGGACAGUGUGUAUGAGAUCCAGAGGGUUACUUCCACAGCCUUCCUGGCCGAGCUGCUCAGCAGCAACGUGGUCAAUGACCUGAUGCUUCUGGAGUCACUGCUGGACAGUCUGGCUGCCCGGCAAAAGGAUUCGAGUGCCAGUGUGCGGCGGCUGGUGCUCCGUGGCCUGGCCAACAUUGCUUCAGGCUCCCCGACAAGGUAGGUGCGGGCUCACAGCUCCCAGCUCCUGACAGCCAUGAUCAGUGGGCUGGAUGAUGGAGACGACCCACACAGCCUUGUAGCCCUGGAAGCCAUGGUGGGCCUUGCACGGCUGCUGGACCUGGUGGAGCCCCGGGACCUGCGCUCGGUGCUGCUGCACACAGCCAUCCGCAUCCGGCCCUUCUUCGACAGUGAGAAAGUGGAGUUCCGGACAGCAUCCAUCCGCCUUUUUGGGCACCUCAACAAGGCCUGCCAUGGUGACUGUGAAGACAUCUUUCUGGAGCAGGUUGUGGGUGGGUUGGUGCCCCUCUUGCUACACCUGCAGGACCCUCAGGCCCCUGUGGCCAGUGCCUGCAGGUUUGCACUGUGCACGUGCAUCCCCCACCUGGAGCGCGAGGAGCUGGCGGCUGCCUUCCAGAAGCACCUGCAGGAAGGUCGUAGCCUGCACUUUGGGGAGUUCCUCAACUCUACCUGCAAGCACCUGAUGCAUCACUUCCCUGAGCUGCUGGGCCGUCUACUGAGCACCAACCUUUUCUACUUCAAGAGCAGCUGGGAUGAUGUCCGGGCCGCAGCCCCCAUGUUCACAGGGUUCUUGGUGCUGCACACAGAGCCAGAGCACAGGCUGCAGGUAGACUUGGAGCAGCUCAUUGCCGCUCUUCAGCUCCUGCUGCGAGACCCAGUGCCAGGGGUGCGGGAGAAGGCUGCUGAGACACUGGGCCGACUGGUGAAGUUUGCCUGAGUCUGGCUGUACCCCACAUGCAGUACAGC